AUGGAACUAUUACUCAACAAAAAUGCAAGGGUGAUGUUAACUUCAAACUUAUGGAUAGAAGCAGGUCUUGUCAAUGGAGCACUAGGAUAUAUUCAAAGUAUUGUAUAUAGACCUGGAAGUGCACCACCUUUGCCACAGUCAUAUGUACUUGUAGAUUUUGAUGGUUACUCAAGAAUUCCAUUUGAUGAUCGUCAUCCCAAAAGAGUUCCAAUUCCAGCAAUUGGCAAAGCUAGCACAAAGAAAAUUCCAUUGAGAUUGGCUUGGGCUUUAACCAUACAUAAAUCACAAGGGUUAACACUAGACAAAGUCACUAUUGAUAUAGGCCCCACUGAAAGAAGUGGUCUUACAUUUGUAGCAAUAUCACGUGUCAAAUAUUUGCAAGGACUACGGAUUAUGCCACCCUUCACAUAUGCCAGAUAUGAAAAAAUGAAGGGGGGAAAACAAGUUGCCAGAAGAAAGGAAGAAGAAAGAAGGCUAAAAUCCUUAGAAGUUAUUUGA